CUAUAAACACGNAAUUUAUUUUGAUGAAAUUGGAAAAUAUUCAUUUUCAUUGAAAUAUAUAAUAUUAUGGAGCAAAGCAAAGUGCUACGAAGCUCGUGGCGACUUUAAAAUUGCGGACAAAUAUUACGAUGAAGCACUCAAAUUAUUGAGAGACAAUAGCAAUUUAACGGGAGACGAACUCCAGAAUGAAAUCAAAGCUAUAAAAUAUUGUAAGAAAAAUAAAACGGCUUCAACAUCCAAUACAGAAAGGAUACGAGACACUGAGAAGUUCGAGGGAAGCAAAAAAUAUCCUUCCCUCAGUCCACUCGUUGAUAUACAAUUUGAUGAUCGUUUAGGAAGAUACGCAGUUGCUAAAGAAAAUAUUUCAGUGGGAACCCUAAUUGUUAAAGAAGAUCCCCAUGUGGCUUUGCUAGACCAGGAUCGUGAUUUAACACACUGCCAAGUUUGUUUUACAUAUGUUGAUCAACUUAUCAUCCCCUGUUCAACAUGCGCAAAUGUUGUCUACUGUAGCAAUGACUGCAAGAAAAAAGCAGACGCAUCUUUUCACAAAAUUGAAUGUCCAAUUUAUCCAACACUCAAGGGCAGUUUCGAUAAACUAAUGUGCUUGAGAAUUCUCACUCAAAGAGGAUAUGCAUUUUUUAAUGAACAAAAAGAUAACUUUUUGCGCAAGUUAGAAUCGCAUUACCAGGGUUUAACUAAAGAAGAAGUUUAUCGUUCUGAUGAUUAUAAUAAUAUGCUAUUCUUGUAUCGAAAUGUUAAUCAAAUAUAUAGUCAGCAGAUAUAUGAUCUUAAUGCAGCAGUAUACUUGCUGCGCGUCUUAAAAAAAACCGACUUUUUUCCUUUCAAAACACAUGACGAAGUUCUACAUGACAAAGAACUCUUCAUCGGACUACUCAUCCUCAGACAUUGUCAAUUGUUGACUUGUAACGUACAUGAAAUAGCUCAACUGAAAUAUCCUAAUGACGACAGUCUCCUCAAAAGUGCUGUAGAGGAGGAAAACUUAAUUGAAUGUAUUGGAUCUGGAUUAUUUACUACUUUAGCAUUUUUCAAUCAUUCAUGUGAUUCAAGUAUCAUCCGGUACAGUGAUAAAACAAGAAUGUUAGUGAGAACCGUAAAGCCAAUAAGAGCUGGAGAGAUAAUUUAUGAUAAUUAUGGCCCGAACUACUUAUUCAUGGAAUUAGAAGAUAGGCAGGAACGUUUAAGGGAGAACUACUUUUUUCAAUGCACGUGUCCACCAUGCGUAGAGAAAUGGCCUAUGGCUGCAAGUUUGCAAACAGUUGUAAAAGUUCCUUGCAAAACUUCCACUUGUGAUUUCGUGUUUUCUGUAAAACGAAAUAGAAGACUACAGAUUUGUUUUCGUUGCCGAAAAGAACCACCUAUCGCUGAAAUUCAGGAAAUCACCGAGGCCAUCAACCAUUAUUAUGAAGAUGCAGAAAAGUUGUUUCAAGAUAAAAAAUUUGAUGAUGCAUUGAAAGCUUAUAAAACCGUGUUAGACAUGAAGUAUGCCCAUACUAAUCGCCCAGAUCUUGAUAUAAUAAAUGCUCAAGAACGUAUAAAGUAUAUUUUCUAUAUGAAGGGAAACCUUGUCAAUUGCCAAUAAAUUUUAAUUUCUGUUACGAUUCUGAAACGCUUACUAGUUUUUGUUUAUUCGUUACUUAUGUUUCACGUUUAUUCGUUUAUAAAUAGUGUCGUUAUAUUUGUUUGUAUAAAAAUGAGCCAGUCUAGUGUAUUAGAUUUUCAUCACAUUUCCUAGAAAAUAUUCAUUACUGUUUCUUGAUCUGUAUUUUAUGAAAAAUUCCCAAUAAA